AUCCCUCGUGUCGCUACUUACCUCGCUCCACGUUUCCCCUUUCAAUGGCCGUCUUCAUCUCCAUCUCCACCUCCACCUCCAUCGUCAUCCACCUCAACUACACAGUCAAUAUCCUUCAUUCCUAUUUCAAGAAAUCAAAAACCCAUUUCAUACAAACAAAACCCAUCUCAUUUUCCAAAAAAAGUUCAAUCUUUCUGCCACACAAUGAGGCUCUACGUGUACGUAUUAGAGGGUAGGGAUUGGGUCGUUCAAGACUCUUUUGUAAAACUCAGAGUUGGAAAAUUCAAAUCAAGAACAAGGGUUUUAAAGAACACAAAAAACCCUAUUUGGAACGAAGAGUUUGCAUUCAGAGUUCAUUCUUUAGACGAUGAUGAACUCAUUGUAUCUGUUUAUCAUCGCGAUGAUGAAUCUAUUGGUUUCUUUCACAAUGGUUCUAGGGAUUUGGUGGGUCGGGUUCGGAUCCCUUUGUGGUCCGUUGCUGCUGAAGAGAGUCAUCAUUUGCCACCGACUUGGUUUUCUAUUGAAACUCACAAAUCCCGUAAAUCAAUCAAGAAAGAAUGUGGGAAGAUUCUUCUUGCACUUUCACUUCAUGGGAGAGGCCACGACAUAUCAAACGUUCAUCAAUUCUCCUUACAACCGAUCAUCACCAAUGGCAGUGGCGACGAACACGAUGGCAGACAAACCCCGACACACGAAUCCAACACCUCAAAAUCACCAAAAAAGAUGAUGAAAGCCAUUGCAGGCCGAUUCGAGAAGCUUUUCAGUAAACAUGACGAAUCCUCCAUUAAAUACGAUUCAUCAGAUUUACCCACAACUUCAUCCGACAACGGUGAGUCAACAGAAGAAUCCACCUUCACUACAACCUUCGAAGAAUCAAUGGAAACCAUGGAAUCAGCAGACGAAGGAAGGGAAACUCCUGAAAAUCUACAUGGAGGUGUUCUAAUCGAUGAAACAUACGUCAUACCUCCAAAAGAUCUAAACCAUCUACUCUUUGCUCCCGAUUCACAAUUCCGGAAAGAUUUAGCAACGUCACAGGGUACAACAGAUGUUCACGAGUCCCCAUGGACAUGGGAAUCCGAUAAAAUGUCGUCUUUGACCCGAACAGUUACUUACACAAAAGCUGCAACAAGAUUGGUCAAAGCUAACAGAGUUACAGAAGAACAAAAUUACAUUAAAGCAAAUGGGAAAGAAUUUUGCGUUCUUGUAAAAGUAAAUACACCUGAUGUUCCAUACGGGAGUACCUUUCGAAUUGAAUUACUGUAUAAAAUAACACAAGGGCCCCACCUCGAAGGAGAUGAAACCUCAAGGAUUAUAAUUUCUUGGGGGAUUACUUUUCAUCAAAGCACAAUGAUGAAAGGUAUGAUUGAAGGUGGUGCUAAGCAAGGAUUGAAGGAGAGUUUUGACCAAUUUGCAGGAUUGCUUGGUCAAAGAGUCAAACCCGUGAAUCAGUUGACUGUAUUAGACAAAGAUCAAACGCUGGAGGCUUUGCGGAAUGAUCACCAAUCCGAUUGGGAAUUGGCGGUGGGGUAUUUUUGUAAUUUCACCGUGUUUUCUACUGUUUUCAUGGUUAUUUAUGCUUUUAUGCAUAUUGUACUAUGUGAGCCGAAUCGGAUUCAAGGUUUAGAGUUUAAUGGGCUUCAAUUGCCUGAUAGUUUUGGUGAAUUUGUUACGUGUGGAGUAAUUUUCUUCAACUUGGAGCGCGUUUAUAUCAUGGUUUCCCGAUUUGUUCAAGCUAGACUGAGUAGAGGAAACGAUCAUGGCGUCAAAGCUCAAGGUGAAGGAUGGGUGCUUACAGUAGCACUCAUCGAGGGAAACAAGUUGGCUCCAUUGGAUUGUUCGGGUUUUUCGGAUCCUUUUGUAGUGUUGACAUGCAAUGGGAAGACAAGAACAAGUUCUGUCAAGCUUCAAACUCUCGAUCCACAAUGGAAUGAAAUACUCGAGUUUGAUGCUGCUGAAGAACCCCCGUCGUUAUUGGAUGUUGAAGUUUUUGACUUCGAUGGUCCUUUUGGUCAACCGACUUCACUUGGGCAUGCGGAGAUUAGAUUCUUGAGACAUACGUCUGAAGAAUUGGCGGACAUGUGGGUCCCACUCGAGGGAAAACUUGCUCAGUCUUUUCAGUCGAAGUUGCAUUUAAGGAUUUUUUUGGAUAAUAAUAAUGGAGUUGAAACAAUCAAGGAGUAUUUGACCAAAGUCGAGAAAGAAGCAGGGAAAAAGAUAAACGUGAAGUCACCUCAUAGGAAUUCGACAUUCCAGAAGCUUUUUAGCUUGCCACCAGAGGAAUUUCUUAUUAGUGAUUUCUCAUGCUCUCUGAAAAGAAAAUUACCCCUUCAGGGUCGACUCUUUGUAUCUUCAAGAAUUAUCGGGUUUUAUGCCAAUUUAUUCGGACACAAAACAAGGUUUUCAUUCCUUUGGGAAGAUGUUGAAGACAUUCAUGUGCUUCCACCAUCAUUGGCAUCAGUUGGGAGCCCAAUACUUGUUAUGGUUCUGCAUAAAGGUCGAGGUGUAGAUGCUAGACAUGGUGCAAAGUCUCAAGAUGAAGAGGGCAGGCUCCAUUUUUGCUUCCAUUCUUUCGUGUCGUUUCAUUCUGCAAACAGGACAAUUAUGGCAUUGUGGAAAACAAGAUCUAUGAAUUCGGAUCAGAAAGCGGAUACCUUUGAGGAUCAAGAUGGACAUGAGAAAACUGGUUGGGAACAACAUGAACAAGACGAGAAGUGUUUAUAUGAAGAUGUUACUUCCCAUUUGGUGGUUGAAGAUGAAAAAAUGACCAAGAUUUACUCAAAAGAACUUCCUUUUAGUGUGGAGUCAGUGAUGGAGUUUUUUAAAGGGGGAAACUUGGAGCACAAAGUGAUGGAAAAAUUGUCGUGUUUGAAUUACAAUACAACGAAUUGGGAACCUGUAACCACUGAUUCCAAUGUUUUUGAGCGACGUUUAUGCUACAAGUUCAAUAGAAGGGUGUCGAGUUUUGGAGGUGAUGUCACGUGCACGCAACAAAAGUCACCCAUUACCACUGAUCAUGGGAAAGGGUGGAUUGUAGCCGAGGCGAUGUCUCUACAUGAUGUGCCAUUUGGCGACCACUUUUAUGUUCAGGUUAAGUACGAGGUUAGGGAUGGUAGACCGGGAUGGUGCACAUGUGAUGUUUAUGUUGGGGUUGUGUGGCUCAAAAGUUGCAAAUUUGAGGAGCGAAUAACUCGGAAUAUAAUUGUCAAGUUUGGUGAUCGGGUACUUGAGAUGUUCGAAUUGGUUGAAAGAGAAAUGUUGUUGGCAAUUGAUGGCUUUGGUUUAUAAUGUUGUUUUUAUAAAGAUGCAUAAAUGAUGUUUUUUUUUUUUUUUU